UGUCCCUUUUAUGAAUGUAGUGUGUUGUGAUAACAUCACAGUCGCAGUCCCAGUAUGGAGGACAGUAGUGACACUGUGGCCGACAAGGGUGAUACAUCACGGCCAAGAGUCGAGGGAGACGAUGUCGAUGCUAAGAGUAUGUCGUGGCGGAGUUUGGUCGCUGCAGUGCUCAUCCUCACCGUGGAGAUGUGUGAGCGGUUGACGUACUACAGCGUCACGGCCAAUCAGAUGCUCUUCUCUACCAGCGUCCUGCAACUCCCGGCUCCACUGUCUGUCAAGAUACACCAGGUGUUCGCUGGAACCGCCCUCAUUUUGCCCUUAUUCGGUGGUUACAUAGCUGAUUGCAUGUCCGGUCGGUUCAACGCAAUUCUUGGCUCGGGAUUAAUUUAUAUUGUGGGUCUCGUGCUAAUUCCCGCCUCCGCGAUGGAUUACCGCCCUUGGUUUGGUACAGAUGAGGAUGGAUCUCAGUUUGACCUUGAUCUGACGACACGCCGCGUGUACUACUAUAUCGCCCUGGUAUGUAUUGCUGUGGGGACAGGGGGCAUCAAGGCCACCGUGGGGCCGUUCGGGGCCCAGCAGGUGGAGGAGUACGGCAAGAAGGCGGUACGCUCGUUCUUUAACUGGUUUUACUGGUUCAUCAACGUGGGCAGCACAGUUGCCUUCACAGCCGUCGCCUACGUGCAGCAGAACAUCAGCUUCACAUGGGGCUACGUCAUACCUCUCAUUUCCAUGAUAACAAGCCUCUUGCUGUUUGUGGGGACUCGGGGUCUCUACAGACACAUUUCGCCUGGAGAGAGCUCCGUGAAACUUGCAUUGGGUGUUGUUGUCGAAGCGGUCAAAAGGAGAGGCAAUGGGCAGUCAUUCUUUCGGUCUGCAAGGAAACGCUUCGGUGGUAGCUAUGACGACGAAACUGUGUCAGGGGUAAUUGCCUUUGGCAAACUGAUACUCCUUCUCCUCCCAGUCGCGGGAUUUGCCGCCUGCUACUUUCAGGCCCAAUCUAUAACGUACCUCCAGUCACUGGGGAUGGACGUCAAAGUCGGCAACUUCGCCAUCCCGGUGGCAGCUAUAGGGAUACUCAACACUAUCGCAGUCCUCAUCUUCAUCCCCUUCGUGGACCGAGUCCUCUACCCUGUAUGGAGCGGAUCGGUCGCCCCUUCACGCUUCUCAAGAGGAUUGGUACCGGGAUGAUCAUUGCAAUGAUCGGUAUUAUUGUCAGUGGGGUGGUUGAAAUCUACCGGAAGCGAGAGAUCGCAACCUCUGGUGGUAUGAUUCAGACACUAGGGGGAAAGAACUUCAAUUCGUCCCACUAUACAAUGUUUCUGCAAGCUCCUCAGAUUUUCAUCGGUGGAGUGAGUGAGGUCUUCACUUUUGUACCAGCGUUUGAAUUGGGAUUCACUCAGUUGCCCCCGUCCAUGCAGGGCAUGAUGCAAGGUGCUGUGCUGGCUCUGUUUGGCGUGGGGAACUACAUUGGCACAGGGAUACUCGCUGCUGUCAACGCUGCUACACACAAUGAUCCCUGGCUGUCUGAUGAUCUGAACACGUGUCACGCAGAGUACCUGUUUUUUCUCAUGAGUGGGAUCCUAAUGGUGGUCACCGUCAUCUUCGGCGCUGCGUCGUUGUUCUACAGAUCCGCAGCAACACAAGAAGAUGACGUCAAAGAAGGAGCAACUAAGUAGCGGAAGGUUGUGGUACUGAUGAAGCAUAUGAACCAUGAUCUGUGGGAGGUUGUGUUCCACGACUCUGGGACGGGACCAGUUAGAGGGUUUGGGGUAUAGCAUUAUUACCUCGCGUUGCUCAGAGAGUCGCUAUAUGCGACGGAAAUAAAUACUGGCAGGUUUAUGAACAAUGUACUUGGUCUUUUGAAGGAAAGUUACUCACAAACAGAUACAUAGUGUGUAAUGUUGAUAGAGGCAAAUACCUGAGAUUUGCACAAGGUGAUUCUGUUAACAUUUAUGAACAUAAAAUAAGUGAAACUCAUAAAAUAUAUAUACAUCCCAAUGAUAUAUAUUGCCAUGAUAUACAUCGCCAGGAUAUACAUCGACAUGAUAUACAUCGCCAGGAUAUACAUCGCCAUGAUAUAUAUCGCCAUGAUAUACAUCACCAUGAUAUAUAUCGCCAUGAUAUACAUCACCAUGAUAUACAUCACCAUGAUAUACAUCACCAUGAUAUACAUCGCCAGGAUAUACAUUGCCAUGAUAUACAUCACCAUGAUAAAUCUGUCAAAUUAAACCAGUUUUCUAUA